AUGGAGAUCCUUGCCAGGAGCACGUGCGAGAAGUUCUCCACCACCGUCAAGGCGACUCUCAACGGAGUGCCGACGAAAGUCGGCCCGUGGUUUGACUACCCCCAAACAGCCCCGCAGGGAACUGUUGUCUUAAAGCUGACCGAUCUGGGCCUGGGCAUUGACACCAAAGUCUCUGAAGAUCCUCCCCGGUAUCCACCACCAUCCCCUCCCUCACCGAUGCCUCCGUCGCCUCCCUCACCGAUGCCUCCGUCGCCUCCCUCGCCGAUGCCUCCGUCGCCUCCCUCGCCGGUGCCACCUUGCAAGCUCUUGUGCCCACUUGCAGCGGGUGCCGCCUCUGUGCCGCUCUUCAUUGGCGCUGAUAGCGGCCAAUGGCCUCUCGGCCCGGCUCCCAGCUGCCUCAACGGCUCUUUGGAAGUGCAGUGCGCUCCGCCUGUGGCGUCCAAGUGCCAUUGCGAGUCCAAGGUGUACUCGACCCCCUUCGUGGCCCAGAGGGAGAUCCGGACGCUCCCCGGUCGCACACGCGGCAUGAAGAUGUAUUGCUUCAACAUCACAGUCAGGGAGCCACUUGAACAAAACAGUCCCUGCGGCGACUCCAACGUGCUUUCCAAGGUCGAGUUCUGGGCGGAUGAUAACUUGCGCCGCAGCAUUGCGGCCAUUGGCCUCAAGCCCUCGGGCGCCACCACCAUGAGGUUCCUGUCCCCCAGCUGGGGCCCGGUAGGCGACGACAUUCUCAAGGUCAGCCCCAUCCGCUGGACCAAAGCCCAGGCAGAUGGCGGCAGGAUCUGUUUGGAGCUCAGUCGUGGUACCGACCUGAACAGCUUCUGUGUUGCUGGCAAUAACACGUGCUGGUUGUUCCUCUUCAACGAAAGCGGUAAAUGCUGCCCGUUGUACCGGACGACCCUACCCUAG